UCAAAGCUUUUCCAAUCGCGACAGUCAUCUUUCUUGUUUUUUUUCCAUCAAAUUCGAGGUUUUCUCCGGUGAAUCCGCGUUCCGUCGUCGUCGGGAGGGUGGCCACCGAUGUGUGUGUAAAUGUUACCGAAAGCCAAGAUGCCAGCGCUCGCACGGGACAGUCACGUGGUGAAGAUUGCGGUGGAAUUCGAGUCCGGAAUCCCGCAGCUGAUUGAGUUCGACCAGCGGACCCCUUUGUCCUCGAUAAUCGAAGGUUUGUGUUCGUUCUGGGUGAUUAAUGAUUCGGAAUCGUACGCGUUGCGGUUUGCCGAUGCUAAUAAUUACGUGACGGAGAAGAACCGGCACGACGUGAAGAAUGGUUCCGUGCUGAAGAUGGUCUUUUCGCCGUCGAAAACGGCGGGGGAGAUUCUGGCCAAGCUGCAGGGAGGGAAGCUGGACGAGAUGACUAGGGUGUUGGCCGAUUUGCCGGGGCUUAGUGCGGACAUUACGUUUGCGUUGGAGUUUAUCAAAGAGCACGGGCUGAACUUGAUUAUUACGAUUAUUGAGGACACCGGAUAUCCGGUUAACAUUUUGAAGAUGGCUUUGUCCUCGUUUGUCAAGCUGAUGGACCAUGGCACGAUUUCGUGGGACAUUCUGCAGCCGUCGUUUAUAUCGCGGAACAUUUCCUUCUUGAAUGGGACCUUUAACGCGGAGAUUGUCCAGUCGGCACUUUCAAUUUUGGAGAAUAUUGUCCAGAACAGCAGCAACUUUGCGCUGGUUGAGAAGGACGUAACGCUGGAGGUGCUGCUGAAGCUGCUGCAGGACGCUCCGUCGCACAACACGAUCGCGCUGAUCAACGCUCUCUUCAUCAAGGCGGACAAUGCCAAACGGCAGAACAUUGCGGCCACUUUCAGCUGCAAACAGUAUCGCUCCAUCAUCAACAGUGUCAUCACGACCAACACCGGAGCGGAAAUCUCCCACCAGCUGUACGUGCUGCAGACGCUGACCCUGGGCCUGCUGGAGCAACGUAUGAAGACCCCGAUCGAUGCCCAGGAUCCGGACGGCCAGGAAAAGAUCAAAGAACUACGUCGAAUUGCGUUCGAAGCGGAAGGCAUCGACCCGAUUCCGGACGUGACGGCACGUCGUGCCCACGGCAGCUCGUACUCGACCUACUACAAGAAGCUGGGCUUCAAAUGUGACAUCAAUCCCGCGCAGGACUUCCUGGAGACUCCGCCAGGUGUGCUCGCGCUUGACUGUAUGGUUUACUUUGCCCGUAAUUACACCCAAAGCUACACUAAAGUGGUUCACGAAAACAGCUGCCGUGCCGACGAGCACGAGUGUCCCUUUGGCCGGACCAGCAUCGAACUGGUCAAAGUCCUGUGCGACAUCCUGCGCAUCGGCGAAUCUCCCUCCGAGCACGGCCAGGAGUUUCAUCCGAUGUUCUUCACCCACGAUCACCCGUUCGAAGAGUUCUUCUGCAUCUGCAUCGUCGUGUUGAACAAAAGCUGGAAGGACAUGCGUGCCACAACCGAAGACUUUGUCAAGGUGUUCAGCGUGGUCCGCGAGCAAAUCACGCGCAGCAUCACCGGACGACCCGCUUCCCUCGAGGACUUCCGCAACAAGAUCAACACCUUCACCUACAACACCAUCACCCAACUUCGCCAACAGGAACGAACCUCCCGCGAAGAGUGCGAGUCAACCGCGUCGGCCAUCGUCUCGCUUAAGGAAAAAAUCACCCCGGAAAUCAUGUCCCUCAUCAAGGAGCAACGCCUCGGCUAUCUCGUCGUCGGAACGCGCUUCUCCAAGUACAACGGCGGAAAGCGCGAAAGGGACAAGUACUGGUACGCCCGACUCUCCCCCAACCUCAAAGUCAUCCACUACGGCGAUUGCGACGAAAAGAACGUCCCCACCCUCGAAGAACUCAACAGCAAACUCCCCGUCAUCGACAUCCGCCAAAUGCUCGUCGGAAAGGAGUGCCCUCACAUGAAGGAAAUGCGUGCCAAAAAAUCAACCUUCCCGCUCGGAUUCUCCCUCGUCACCGAGUCCAGCGACCAGCAAACGCUCGACUUUGUCGCCCCGGACGAAACCACGUUCAACUACUGGACCGACGGAAUCAACGCCCUGCUCGGAGCGGCCAUGGUCAGUAAGCAAAAGGACGACGACUUCGAGACGCUGCUGUCGAUGGAGAUCAAGCUGCGCCUGCUGGACACGGAAGGGGUGGACAUCUCGAAGGAUCCGCCGCCGAUUCCGCCAGAGCCGGAGAAUUACGACUUUUGCUUCGACAGCUAAGGUAAUCGUGUGCAAUUUUUAAAUGUCAUUUUUUCUGUUUAUUUUGAGUAUUGUGGACCCCGCCACUGAUGAAGCCAAAGUUUAUCAAGUUUUGUGAAGAAAAUAUGCUUUUAUCAUACAUUUA